GCUCAGCCAUAAAACACAUAAAUAAUUUAGAAAUGCUGCAAUUGAAGCAUCCCAAAACUCAUCAGAGUUUGGAAGUAAAUGAGUUUUGGCUGCGGGAUCAUUGUCGCUGUGGCGAAUGCCUCAACACGGAGACGAAUCAACGUCGCUACGAUCUACUCGAGCUACCAGCUGAUGUGAAAGCUUCUCAACACAAUUGGCAGCCAAGUGAUGGCAAUGACGAGCCGCAGCUUCGAGUGCUAUGGAGCGAUGGACAUCGUUCGAGUUACGCUGCCAAUUUCAUCUUCGACGCACAGCUGGAGCAACUGAUAAGCCGACGAACAAAGUCCACAUCGCUGACACCAUGGAAUCGCAGCAUUGUGCUACAGAAUGAGCGCCACUUGCGCUUCUCGCUGCCCCAGCUGAUGGCCAGCGAUGAGCAGGUCAAGUCACUGGUUGCCUCGCUGGUGCGUUAUGGCAUUAUCUUUAUCGAUGACGUGUCGCCGACGCCCACAAUGACCGAGUUGGCACUGCGACGCAUCUUUCCGCUGAUGAAAACCUUCUUUGGCGAGAUGUGGACAUUCAGUGACAAAAAGGAUCACGCUGACACCGCUUACACUCAGCUCUACCUUGGCUCUCACACUGACAACACUUAUUUCUGCGAUGCAGCCGGAUUGCAGGCGCUGCAUUGUAUUGAACAUUCUGGAGACGCAGCUGGUGGCGAGAAUUUCUUUGUCGAUGGGCUGCAUGUGGUGCACGAGCUGAGACGUCAAUACCCAGCUGCCUAUGAGCUGUUGACGCGUGUGCAAGUGCCUGCGGAGUACAUUGAGCCAGGCGAACAUCAUCGUCACACAGCGCCGCUCAUUCGCAUUGAUCCGCUAACUGGAGAACUCGUGCAACUUCGUCUCAAUAUCUACGAUCGUGCUGUGUUCGAUACGUUGCCUCAGAGUGAGAUGGCCGAGUUCUAUGCCAGCUUGCGUUUGCUGUUGCAGCUGGUGAGAGAAGAAGAACAUCAAUGGCAACUGAAGCUGUCGCCUGGCUGCAUUGUGCUCUUCGACAAUUGGCGUGUGUUGCAUGGACGACAUGCUUAUACGGGUCGUCGCACCAUGUCGGGGGCUUAUGUGCAACGCACGGACUUUCAGAGCAAGGCUCGCACGCUGGGCAUCAUUGAAUAAACGCAAUUGGCAAUUGCGAAAGACUAGCAAUAAAAAAUUACGAUUACAA